UUGGCAGAGUGUUUAGGAAGCGCAUCAUGGCAGUGCCUCAGCUGGGAUACGGAGACGUGGUCACGGCCGCCAAGGGCUCGGCAAUGACCGGCCUGCAGGCAGUGUUCAUCGAGAGGCGAGCGGCGAUGUUGGGUUCUCCCGGAGCGGCGCUCAGUCUGGGAGUGCCCCCGCCUCUCCACGCUAUCCUGGCUCGCUAUCCCGGCACUUACCCCAUCCCACAGGGAUACAGCCUCCAGCCGUAUCCCGAUCUCAGGCAUCUCUCUCAUCUGGGUCCGCCCUACGACCUGAAGACGGGCUGCGUCUAUUCCCAGGCCAGCUUUGCUCCGGCCGGCGCGCUGUACUCGCCCUACCGGCCGCUGGCGCACGGCGACACGGGGCGCACGAAGAACGCCACUCGGGAGAGCACCAGCACCUUGAAGGCUUGGCUGAACGAGCACCUGAAGAACCCGUACCCAACGAAGGGCGAGAAGAUCAUGCUGGCCAUAGUCACCAAAAUGACCCUGACCCAGGUCUCCACCUGGUUCGCCAACGCCAGGCGAAGACUGAAGAAGGAGAACAAAAUGACCUGGGUGCCCAAAACCAAAUCAGACGAGGAAGACAGCGAGAGCGAGGAGGAAGAUGUCAAAAAAGAGGAUUUGAACAAGGGCAAGGGAGCUGCUCAGCAGCCUGAUGGGGAACAAAACAAGGAUGGGCUGGAGGCGUCUCCCACUGGGAUGGGAGACAGGGCGCUGGGCAAGGAUGGGCUGGAGGCGUCUCCCACUGGGAUGGGAGACAGGGCGCUGGGCAAGGAUGCCGUAGAGUGCAACAAGGAGGCAGGUAACGGGCUGAGGACCAACUUGGAACCAACCGAGAUGAGGAACUCGGAGCUGGGCGCAACCGAGGAGCAAGGUAGAGCGAAGGUGACGGCCGGCAGUGGACCCAGGGACGGCUCUGCUGCCCUCAGACCCAAGAUCUGGUCCCUGGCGGAAACUGCUACCUCGGACCACGGGAAAAGCAGCCGGCUGGCUCUGAGCGGCCAACAGCCGGUGCCCCCGGCCGCGCUCGGGCACUAUAAGAUCUGGGCCGGCGCCUGCUUUACCGAGGGACAGCUGGUGUUGAACAGGAGGGAGUCAAAGAGAGAACUUGUCGGUCCCGACCAGUGAGAAGAGGCGAAUGUAUACCGCAAUCCGAGCCGUGAAGGGUUUGUUCGGUUUAAUGAAUCCCCGACACUCUGCACUCGCAUCGGUCCCGGCGACCGCUCACCAGGACACUGCGAACGAACGUGGACCCACACAGGACCUGUGCACGAAAGGAAGCGGGCGAUGCCCCGGGGGAUUAAUUUAUAGCAAUUAUCGUGAUUUUAGUACAAUCCUCGAUAAUUAACACAGCGCGGUACAACUAUUGACCAUUCCCUUCACACUGCUAAACACAGGAACCACAGACCUGGACAGAGUGGACAUGUUGGUAGGACGUGUCAAUAUGAUAAAUAUUGUGUCCUUUUUCUCCGUCUACAUAUCAGGCGGUGGGAUAUAUUGUGUUGUGCACAGGGGCACAAUGAUCGCGAUAAACUCGUGACAUGAUGCAAGAGGGAAAUCCACUUCCUACUUGAAGGUUCAGCUAUAAAGCAAUGUUUUAAAGUGUUCCAAAUCCUGGUGUGUUCCUGCUAAAUCCAGGCUCUAAUGAAAUCCAUUCAAUCCCAUUCUAAUCAAAAGUUGGUGACACGGUAGAUAUCAUUUUACUGUAUUAAGGGGUCUAAUUCUACGGAGGCUGUUUGUACUUAUUUUUUAGUUGUCCAGGAUUAGCUAAGGGAUUUUGUUUUAAAUGAAAACUCAUAUCCAUAGCCUUUGAUCAAUGUUAAAUUACUCCAAUUUGGUCUUUAUGAAGACGUAAGAGCGAGCACUGAAACCAUUAUAAGAACUGCCUGCUUGAAAACUAUCUCCAGGUGCAUUCAUUUCUCGGGCUUUUCCCCCUCCCUGAAACAUAACAUGAGCGAUUCUAAUUUUACCAACACGGGAGCUUUAAGGGAUAAGAACCAAUGAGAUUUUUUUCUAAAAAGAGCUGAUAUAUUAGGAUUAUGCACCUGUAUAUGAAUUCAACCUGCAAUUCCAGUAAUUGAGAACAUUCAUUAAACUUGUAUAUUAAAUCUGUGGUUUUCAGGAGUAAAACCCAAUUAUUUCUGUGAGACAGGAAGGUUCAUCCACUGUGAAACCCCUUUUCUUAAAAACGCCGAUAGAACAACUGUGAUGUGUAGUAGAGGUUGGUGUAAUGGACUUGCCACAGGGAACCCCUGUUCACCGGAGCACCCUGACACAUUGGCGACGUCUCCUUCCCAUUUUAAAGCAACUACUGGAAUAAAUCCUGUUGGUGAUCCAUCGCUCCCCUUCCCUGUUGACCGCGGUAAAAAUAUUACACCUUAUUCCAGAUUUUAUAUCCGAAGUGCGGAGUUUGCAAAACAAAUCAGAGGGCGUUUUCUGUCAAGGUUUAUACAAUAUGUUUUAUAUUAAAAAAGCGUUUGUACAAAAUCAAACUGUAAAUAAACAUUGGGAUAUAAAUAUUUUAUAUUUUGCCUAAUAAACUAAAGCAAAGGUUUCUUCUCA